CAGCUCUUCUCCUUCGUCUUCUAAUUUUUCUUCACAGUUUCUUAUUACUGCUCAUAAUGAAGUUGGAAAUCUUCCUCACAGUGACACUCUUCACUGGUGUCUUGGCUGCCCCUGUGUUCAAGACAGUCACCGUCAGAGAUGAGACACUUGAGGCUCGUCGACUGCUCGACUAUGCCACUCCUCGCAUAGGCGUCACUGCCGCUACAUCAAAGAAAGAGCCUGCAUCUCGCGUCAAGCGCUCAAUCAGCCGCAAGAGUUUGAACUUGGUCAGCUUGGUAGAUCGCGUUGCUGGGAAGAUCAAGAACAGGUGUGAUGACAUCGAGUCUGCUGUUGAGGCUACUCAAAAUGAAAAGCUGUCGAAAGACAAGGCUGUACAUAAAGUAGUCCGCAAGAUGAACAGCAUCAGAGCAACACUGUCCCGAACAGUCUCCAUUCUUGACAGGACUCCUACUCUUGAUCUCACCCAGGAAGAUAGCCAAAAUCUUAUCCGCCAUGUCUACACCAUCACAAAGGAGUUACACAACACAGUCAAAGACUCCGUCAACACACUUGGAGGAACAGGAGCUCGCUCCAUGUCUCGAGCAACUCACAUGUUCGCCGAUGUACUUAGCAACAUCGUCACAAUCAACCCAGAUAUCACUUCAGACAUAUAUCACAAGCUGAAGCCCAUUUUCUCAGACAUGGUUCCUACCGAUGAAGACGAUCUUCAAGCCUUCAUCAUGAGCUCAGUGACAGAGUUCUUAUCAUCCAUCAAACCCGAUGAUCUUGACUCAGAUACUGCAUGUAGCUCUGGAGAUUGUUUUAACAGUCCAAAAGAAGACCUGAGAUAACGGAAUUAAUCACGGCGCAAAUUCAUUUUCUUUUAGGCUCUUAUGUGUGUAACGAGAAACGGCCGGAAUAAUGACAGCAACAUGGAUGGAGAACUACUGAAUCAUCACGAUCUUUACGAAAAUAACUACAUAG